CACGGUCGGAUGAACCUGAAGAACUCCCCGCCCUUCAUUCUGGACAUCCUCCCGGACACCUACCAGCACCUGCGCUCCAUCUACGGCAAGCACGAGGAGCGGCUGGCGGCGCUGGAGGAGAACGAGUACUUCCGCCUCUUCCUGGAGAACCUCAACCGGAAGUGCAAGCAGGCCAUUAAGCUGUUCAAGGAGGGCAAGGAGAAGAUGUACGACGAGGGCAGCCACUACCGGCGCAACCUGACCAAGCUCAGUCUCGUCUUUAGUCACAUGCUGUCCGAGCUUAGGGCGAUCUUCCCGGGCGGCGCCUACGCCGCCGAGAACUUUCGCAUCACCAAGUCCGACGCGGCCGACUUCUGGCGCACCUCCUUUGGUGAUAAAACCAUAGUCUCCUGGAAGUCCUUCCGCCUGGCGCUCAGCCAGAUCCAUCCCAUCGGCUCGGGGCUGGAGGCGAUGGCGCUGAAGAGUACCAUCGACCUCACCUGCAACGACUACAUUUCCAACUUUGAGUUUGACGUCUUUACGAGGCUCUUUCAGCCCUGGUCUACACUCCUUCGAAACUGGCAGGUGCUGGCGGUGACGCACUCGGGCUACGUCGCCUUUCUGACGUACGACGAGGUGAAGGCCCGCCUGCAGAAGUACAUCAACAAGCCGGGAAGCUACGUCUUUCGCCUGUCCUGCACCCGCCUGGGCCAGUGGGCGAUCGGCUACGUGACGCCGGAUGGGAACAUUCUGCAGACGAUACCGCAGAACAAGUCACUCUGCCAGGCGCUGCUCGACGGCUACCGCGAGGGAUUUUACCGGUACCCGGACGGGCGGAACGUCAAUCCCGACCUGACGCAGGCGGUGAUGUCCACGCCUGAGGACCACAUUCGGGUGACGCAGGAGCAGUACGAGCUCUACUGCGAGAUGGGCUCCACCUUUCAGCUGUGCAAGAUCUGCGCGGAGAACGACAAGGACAUUCGCAUUGAACCGUGUGGGCACCUCCUCUGUACGCCCUGUCUCAACUCAUGGCAGGACUUCGAAGGCACCGGCUGUCCCUUCUGCCGGGCGGAGAUCAAGGGCACCGAACAGGUGGUCGUCGAUCCCUUUGACCCGCGGGGCGUCAUUGCCUCGGCGAGGGCGGCGAGGGCUGCAGCAGCGGCGGCGGCAUCGGCAAAUGCUGCCGCUUUGUCGGCGGCAGCAGCAGCAGCGGCCAGUGAGAAUAAUAAUGCCGCUGCCGCUGUUGCUGGAACUUCAACCAGCACCACCACUAGUGAUUCGCUGAUGGGCAAUGGCUGCCAGACGCCGGUGGGCAGGGCACCGCCACUACCACCACCACCACCACCUCAAGUUCCAGCGACGGCGACGACGAGUUCCACAACGACAUCGACAACAAACGCAACGACGACGACACCACACCACGAUCUCGACGAGAAUGAAAGCUGUUUUGAG